AUGGCGAAGCAAGCAGUGCUGGCUCUGUGCCUGGCGGCGCUGGUGUUGGCGGCGAGCGCAGGCGACCCGUCCAGUGCGGCGAACAACAAGCCGGUGAGCGUGGCGAAGGAGCAAGCGAGUGACGCGGACGCGACGUCGGCCGGCCCGCUGACGGUUGCGAAGGCGUCCCCUCAGACGUGCUACAACACGUGCGCGUCGACCAAGGGGUGCAAGUACUGGCUGUACAUUCCCGGCACCACGCUCUACGGCACGAGGACGCACGAUGCGUGCUAUAUGGUGAAGGAAGAUAUCAACUACAUGUGCGGCGAGCUGGUCGCGCAAUACGCGGAGGCGAAGCCCCUCCACCUGCAGGUGCGCACGGGCGGCGAGUGCAAUACGGCGUCGGAGAUUGUCAACGACCCGCAUCUGGUGGGCGCGUACGGCACGCACUUCGACUUCAACGGCCGCCCCGACGCCGCAUUCUGCCUGCUGACAGACCGCGAGCUGCACGUGAACAUGCUGCUGCGCGGGUACUACAGCGACGACACGGAGAACGCGGCGCUGGUUGUGGACGGCAAGGCCGUGCACACGUGGAUCAAGGAGCUGGGCAUCGUGUGGCUCGCCGACGGCGCGGAUCACAAGAUCCGGCUUGCGGCGCGCAGCGGCAAGCAGCAGGAGCGCGGGUCGGGGUUCAUGAAGGCGAUCGAGAUCGACGGCGAGGCGAUUCCGCGCAUGCGCGUGGGCGACGUGGUGACGUCAGAGGGCGGGCUGACGCUGACGUUCAAGGCGCUGAAGAAGGAGGGCCCGUAUGACGUGGACUACUACACGCUGGACAUCGAGGGGCUGGUGGCGCUCGACAUGCGGCUGCGCGUGGCGAACCCGAAGCUGCAGACGCCGACCGAGGCGGAGGCGCACAUCAACGUGGGCAUUGUGGAGCUGUCGCACACGGACGAGAUCCAUGGCGUGCUGGGCUAG